CAGUUUCUUUCUCUUUUCACAGCUUUCAUUCAUCAUCGCAGACGGAGUACCAAUCCGCUUUCCCGUAGGCCCCACCUUCUCCGGAGAAGAAGAGUCAAGCUCUUGCCAUGGCGGAUCAUUGAAAUUCAUUGGCGGAGGAGAUAAAAGAAUAAACAGGUUCAAGAAACCGAGAAACCUAAUUACUCUGUUCUACCAAGGAAGGAGCUUCAAUGGCUGACAACGGCGAUGAGAAGCUCGUAGCGGUUGCCCGCCAAAUCGCUAAGUCUCUUGGUAACAACGGUGACACAAUGACCGAUGAUAUACUCCAGAUUUUCUCCAAGUUUGAUGAUCGUCUACGCGAGAAGCUUGUGGAAAACUUGAACGACGACCGGAACAACCCGAGGACGUGGGAACACACUCUCAAGUCAUUAGAACGUCAGAUCUCUCGAUAUGUCUCCGCUGACCAUCCAAUCUGGUCUGAUUCAGCCGACGCUGCUUCAUUCCUUGACUACGUUGACGAACUUCUAGCCGUGGUCCGCGACUUGAAUCCUAUGGCCGGCGACAAGUCCGUUUCCUCCUAUCUUCAUCGCGCGGAAGACUUGUUGCACCAAUCCAUGUUUCGUCUAGAAGAUGAAUUCAGAUCUCUAAUGGAUCGAGGUUCCGAUUCCUUCGAUUUGCUUCAUCGAAACGGCGAAUCCAACUAUUCUUCAGACGACGAAGUUGAUGAUGGACAAGAUUAUCAGAUCCCGGUAGCCCGUCCUUUAGUUGACUAUGAUAUCUUCAUUGACGCGCUUCCGACGGCGAUAAUAAACGACCUUCACGAGAUCGCGGCGCGGAUGGUCACCGCCGGCUACAGGAAGGAGUGCUCACACGCUUACAGUACUUGUCGAAGAGAAUUCCUCGAAGAGAGUUUCUCGAGGCUAGGGUUUCAAAGGCUGAGCGUUGAGGAGGUGCAGAAGAUGCCUUGGUCUGAAUUAGAGGACGAGAUUGAGCGUUGGAUCAAGGCUUCCAACGUAGCUCUUCGCAUCCUUUAUCCAAGCGAACGCCGCCUCUGCGACCGCGUCUUCUUCGGCUUCUCAUCCGCCUCUGAUCUAGCCUUCAUGGAAGUCUGUCGAGGAUCAGCUACUCAGCUCCUCAACUUCGCCGAGGCUAUUGCUGGCAGCAGAUCGCCGGAGCGCCUGUUCAAAGUCCUCGAUGUUUACGAAACAAUCCGUGAUCUAUUGCCGGAAUUUGAGGUAAUUUUCUCUGAUCAAUACUGUCUCUUCUUACGUAACGAAGCCAUCUCGAUCUGGAAACGAUUGGGAGAAUCAAUUAGGGGCAUUUUCAUGGAGCUUGAGAAUCUAGUACGUUGUGAUCCCCCCAAGGCUCCUAUUAGUGGAGGCGGAUUCCAUCCCAUCACGAGAUACGUGAUGAACUAUCUGCGAGCGGCUUGUCGUUCUAGGGAAACCCUAGAACAGGUUUUUGAGGAGAUCAUGUUAUCCUCAACCGAACAAUCCUUAUUGCAUCCUUCUUAUAUGUUAUCAGACCAAAUGACAUGUAUAAUGGAGUUGCUGGAGAGUAAUUUAGAGGCCAAGUCGAAGAUUUACGGAGAUCCAGCCUUAUGUUCAAUUUUCAUGGUGAACAACGGAAACUACAUAGUUCAGAAGGCAAGAGACAGCGAAUUAGGUGCUCUGCUCGGCAAUGAUUGGAUCAGAAAGCAGCAGGCGAAGAUCCGGCAGUACCUGGGAAACUACCAAAGAAGCUCGUGGAGUAAGAUAAUCGGGUUGCUGAAGUCGGGCGGGUCUCCAUCUAGGACAAUGAGAGAAAAACUAAAGUCUUUCAAUAAUUAUUUUGAGGAGAUAUGCCGAUCUCAGUCAGGAUGGGUCAUGUACGAUGAGCAGCUGAGGAGGGAUCUGAUAAGUUCAAUCGCGAGCCAUUUGUCGUCUGCUUAUAGGAGCUUCUUGGGGAGGCUGCAAGGCAUUCCAGAGAUGGGGAAGCAUAUAAAGUAUGGGGUGGAGGAUGUUGAAGCUCAAAUUGAGAAGCUUUUCCAAGGAGGUAGUUCAUCUGGAUCAUCAGGAAAGAAAAGGGAAACCAAGUAGUAUAUAGUAUGUAAAUGCUGAAGAUUUUGGUGCACUCCUACAGGUUCAUUUGUGAUGUGUAUUUAUGAUUUAGUAAAAUUGCAUUUGUUAAAUGUUGCCCCCGAAUGUAACAUGAGUAGUAGUGGUAGUAUGUAGUUCUGAACUAACUUCUUAAAGGUUCAAUUUUUUU